UGAGCACAGUUGAAAAGUCGAGAAUUCAACGAAGUAGAAAAAAAAACAUCAUCAUGAAUAGUUUCAUUCUUUUGGCGAUUGUGGCGACCACCUCUUUGGCGCUGGCGCAGGGAGCCUCGGUUCGGAUCACCGGUGGAGAUCUGGCCCAGCGCGGUCAGUUCCCGUACCAGGUGGCCCUGACCAGCAAGGGUAAGCUGCUUUGCGGAGGAGUGCUGGUGCACGAGCGGUUCGCGUUGACUGCUGCCCGGUGUGUCUUCCAGAAUGGUGUUCGCAUCCCGGAGAAAUCCCUGCGCGUGUUCGCCGGCAGCGAGCGGCUCAUGAUGGGCGGCCAGUUCCGUCGCGUCCAGACCGUCCACGUGCACGAACAGUACGCCCAGAACCGGUUCGAUCUGGCGCUGGUCGAGAUCAACAAGCCGGUGGCGUUCUCCGAAACCGUCCAGGCCGUCGCCGUGGGCGAGAGUGCCUUCAACGGGGCCGGUGAGGUCACCGUGACCGGCUGGGGCCGCACCGCCGAAACCGAGAACACCAGCUACAAACUCAAGUUCGCCACGGUGACCGCGCUGAGUGGCGAGCAGUGCGCCCAGGAACUGGGGGAGGCGUUCUACGAGGGAGCUCUGUGCUUCCGCGGGGAGGAAAACAAGGGAGUGGCCUGCUUUGGUGACUUUGGUGGUCCGGCGGUGCACGAGAACACCCUGGUCGGUGUUGCCAGCUACAGUGCCGGAGAGGCCUGCGGAAGCGAGCAGCCGGAUGUGUUCGUCGACGUUGGCGUGUUCUACGACUGGAUCCAGGAGAAGAUUGGGGGUGAUGACUCCGGUGAAACGACGACCGCCACGUCCGCUUAAGAUGUUUCGAAGGGUUGGAAUGAAACUCUGUUCAGGGUUUUCUUAUUUGUUGUGUUUAUUUUUGCUAAGAAUCCAAUUCGUACACUUAAAUUCUAUGUACAAGCAUUGUUUUGUUUUAUUCAAAAGGUGGGAACAUAAAUAAAAACACGACUACAGGUUUAAA